GUUGUAUUUGAGUGGUGCAACGACCUAAGGCCUAGCUGCAGCUAGUCUUCCGAUGAUCUACGUGUUUGGUUCAGUGGAGUGGAACUACUAAUCGAGGGAUUUAAAAAGUACAUGUAUGUGCAGACCGACUACAACAAGCUGGCCACAGGCGCCAUUCAACAUUGCUGUCGUGUCAUGGCCGAAGGUCCGAAGGAAGUUUGAGAAGUGGUCAAUGAAGCCUACACGACAUCACGCGGCAGCCUCCGUCACCAUCCGCGUGCGGGAAGUUGUACGAACGGAGCAACUGGCACUGACGUGAAGAGGAACAAGCAAGCUUCAGCUUGUUUUUUAAGACCAGGAGGGCUUUGAAAUCCGCCACCUCUGCGUGCAAGCAGGACGCGGCGCUUUUGCAGUAGAUCAGCAGUAUCAAAUGCAAAAAUAAAUGUCUGGGUCUGGAAGGUUGCAACUUGUAAUGCUAGCUCUCCAUACCUAGGAAAUCGGUAUGUCAUAGCCAACAAAAGUCGCAGCCUCUUUCGUACACGCAAAAACGCAGUUUCUCACGCGGCCUUCCUAUGAGAAAGCGUUCUGAAAAGUCGUCAUGCUGUGUUACAUUCGGAACUGUUUCCAUCAUCCACAUUUUAGCAUCACAAGCUUCAUCCAGACCCAGACAUUUUUGCAAUCCAUAGCAGCAAGUGGCGCUUUUGCAGCCAAGUCAGGCAGUGUAUCCUCUGCAUACUUGUCUGGGUGAGGAAAAUUGGAACCUGUCUUGCAGACUAGAAAGCUGUUUUGCAUGUAGUUGACCAAGAAGAACAAAAGAUAGAAGGAGGCGGAGCGCGGUCGCUUUUAUUUCGAUAUGCAAAAUUAAUGAAUAUAAAACAGUUCCUCGUGAUGCGUAGCAAACAAAAUAAAAGCAUGAUGAGCAUCAUCUUGAAAAAAGUUUGUCAUGCAGCGCAGCUGUAUUCAACACGACACCCACACCGAGCUCGAGGGCAUGCUCAAUUGUCGCCCCUCAGCAUCAGGAGUUUGUUCUAGACCCAGACAUAUUUACAGCGGACACACGAGCUCGUCUGCCCCUUGAGUAGCAAAUGAGCCGGGGGUAUGGAGAGAAAAAAGUUUGUCACAGUCACUAACUUGCAGGUUUUGCAUUACAAAUCAUCACAAACUUUCCUUAUAUUGCAGAAACACUAGGGAAAUCCUUAAUGAAGUUUGGCUGUGAUGCAUUUUUACGCAUGACAAACAAUUGCAAAAAUGCGCAUGAGUGAUCGUGACGAACUUUUUUUCUUUGAUAGGGGGACGGAAAAGACCCGGUUGGAUGUUACCCCUCGGUCCGCAGAAUCACCAGCGGGGUAUCCCAAGAAAAAAGUAUAUACACUUACACGAGGACAUCAUGUGUGGUACCCUUAGCAAGUUUGUAUCACACCAGAGUGAGAGAAUGAGAAAUAAACUUGCAAGGAAAAUUCAGAGAUCACAAGGGAAAUCAACUACAUGUGUGAAGCUAGUAGCACCACUAGGCUGCUACACAUACUUAUUAUGUGGUGGGAUCAUGUCUUGCGUUGCCUGCAACACAGUGUGAUCUAACUGUAGCACUUUUUCCGUUGCAUACAGGGA